ACCCUUUUUCUUAUGCCUGAUUUAGUUUGCUUAGGAGAAAGAAACAACCUUGGAACUUGACAUGACUUUGCAUUAAGGUUUCUAUUCAAAGGACUCACCGUGGUAUGGUUUAAUGCUUAAAGCAAACUGCAAAGCAGGUUGGUGUCUCUAAAGAGGUACUGACAAUCCCUGUUAAUAGGGGCUUUACCUCUUCUGCAUCAAGAAAAAGAACAGGCAGGGGAGACAAAUUCACUUUCAAGCAGAGUUAAAUGCAAACAAUUCAGGCCUUAAACAGUGUAACUCAAAGAAACCUUGAACAGUUUAGUGUGAUCCACUCACUGAAAUACAGACAGAACAAAAGUGUUGCAAAAUGCUCAGCUAUGACAUCUUCCAUUUUGUCAAGAACUACUAAAUACAAAUACAAAAGGUACAGCUGAAGGUAAGGAAACAGGAGAAAAGGAGACAAUCUCAUAGCAACAGCAAUUGUUUCACAUAAGACGCCACCAAAACAACAGAAUAGGGGUCUGCAGAUGUAGGAACAUGAGACCAAUGUGGAAGAAAAGGAGCUUGAGGACAACCAAGUGAAGACACUAAUGAGCUGCUGCUUAAGAGUUUUAAGUCAGGUGCUAAAAGCAUACACAAGGAACCAGCAUUUUGUUGUGUGCAGCCCCUGCUCUACUGGACCUCCAGCUUAAUGAAGCUCCCACAGAAGUGCUCCCAGUGACAAGGGGAAGUAACCUGACUUUUGGGAUGCUCAUUGUCAGAGGAAUUGCUGGUGCCAGCUCAACCAGAGCUGAAGAUGAAACCUCCACCCAAACACAGGGAAAGCAUCUCUCCUGUCCUGCUAGUUACCCACUGCAGCUUUAUAUUACUCUAACAUAAUCUGCAAGAGAAACAGGAGUGGCUUUAUGCUGUUUCUCAGCAGCUCACGAAGAGUUUGAAGCUGGAAACCCCUUCACACUCUUGCCCUUUGCUUCCACUGAGCCCAGCAGAGCAUUAGACCUCCCAGAGUACACCCAAAGCUUCAGGCACAGACUGAAAUAUUCCUCAGCUCUUAACCAAAUGGAGGUAUCGUAACUGGGAAUAAAAUGAAAUUACUUUUAUUUGCUCACCUUUUGAAAACAUUUUAAGAGCUACUCCAGUGAGUUCCUACCCUUUGUCUGCAUAUCAAUUAUUCAUUAUUUCCCUUAAAGAAAACCAAGUUGUGCUAUGCUCAUGAGGACAGAAGAAAUCUGUAAUGCUCUCUUUCUCUCUGCCCCUCAUACAUUUUUAUUUGAGAUUAUUUUUAAUCCACAUAUACUUAAAAUAGGAAAAUGUGUGGGUUUUAUUAGCAAUAAAACUUCAGGGGAUUUUCCCCCCUACUGAUUUUUCAUAGAUUUAUGGAUCCAUAAUCAUUCACGUCACAGCCUCAGGGAAACGAGGCUUGAACAGGAUAAUAGCCCUUAAAUCCCCUCCUCUAAGCACUCAGAUCUUUGCUGUCAGCAAGAUUAAAACAGGCAACAGCAGUCUUCAUGUGUCUAUAUCCCACACAGAGCUUUCACAACAACUGGAGUGGUGGCUGGCAGGGAGAAAUAUGCAGAACCACUGCUGUGCAUGAUACUUCUGAGAUAAAGAUAGAAGCAAACCAGGUUGUCAGCUUUUGCAGUCUUGAAAAGGACUGGUGUUAACUGCCUGAUCGGGUGACUGCAAAGAGGGAAGAAGAGUAAGGAAUAACAUUAUGUUGCAGUUUAACAGGCAGCAAGAGUUUCCUCUCCUAAAACAUAAAGACAGAGAGAUGGAAGCACCAAACUUCCUCCCACAGCCCAGCAAGGGGAAGGAAAAGGAAGCUGUUCCUGUGGACAAGCAGAGUGUUUCCUCUGCCACCACUCCCUUGAAUGCCCAGCCCCUACUGCAACCAGGGAAUUACAACUAUUACAUGGAUGACGAAGAUGAGGAAGACGAAGAGAAAGAACAAGAAAAAUGGCCACACGAAGAUGCAUUUAAGGGAGAAAGCAAGGCCUCAUCAUUUAUUCCUUGCUCCCCCGCUCUUUCCCCUGGAGCUCCAUCCACAGCAUCUGCCCCGUCCGUGCUGAACAUCAACGUUGGUGGCCAAAGCUACCGCCUCACCUACCAAGCAGUGGCCACCUACCCCAAGACCCGCCUGGGCCGCCUGGCCACCUCCACCGACCGCCGCUGCCAGCUGGGGCUGUGCGACGACUACGCCGCCCAGGUGGACGAGUAUUUCUUCGACAGGGACCCAGCUGUCUUCCAGCUGGUGUACAACUUCUACGCCUCAGGCGUGCUGCGGGUGAGGGACGAGCUGUGCCCGCGCAGCUUCCUGGAGGAGCUGAGCUACUGGGGCGUGCGCCUCAAGUACACGCCGCGGUGCUGCCGCAUCUGCUUCGAGGAGCGCCGGGACGAGCUGAGCGAGCAGCUGAAGGUGCAGAGGGAGCUGCGCUCGCAGGCAGAGGCUGAGGAGAACGAGCAGCUCUUCCACCACAUGCGCUACUACGGCCCCCAGCGCUGGCGCCUCUGGAACCUCAUGGAGAAGCCCUUCUCCUCCGUCACCGCCAAAGUGAUGGCAGUGGCCUCCAGCUUCUUCGUGCUCAUCUCCGUGGUGGCCCUGGCGCUCAACACGGUGGAAGAGAUGCAGCAGGUGGACUGGAAGAGUGGGGACAGCCGGCCUGUCUUGGAGCACGUUGAGACCUUGUGCAUUGCGUUCUUCACCCUGGAGUACCUGCUGCGCUUGGUGUCCACGCCGGACCUGCGCCGCUUCGCCAGCAGUGCCCUCAACGCCGUAGACCUCAUUGCCAUCCUGCCCCUCUACCUGCAGCUGCUGCUGGAAUGCUUCACUGACGACGACCAGCCCCGUGGCCGGGGCUCCCAGCACGAGCACGACAUCGAGAAGGUGGGGCGGGUGAGCAAGGUGGGACAGGUGCUUCGCAUCAUGCGCCUCAUGCGCAUCUUCCGCAUCCUCAAGCUGGCCCGGCACUCCACGGGGCUGCGUGCCUUCGGCUUCACCCUGCGCCAGUGCUACCAGCAGGUGGGCUGCCUUCUGCUCUUCAUUGCUAUGGGCAUCUUCGCCUUCUCUGCCAUGGUCUACACAGUGGAGCACGACGUCUCCAGUACCAACUUCACCAGCAUUCCCCAUGCCUGGUGGUGGGCUGCUGUCAGCAUCUCUACAGUGGGUUAUGGAGAUAUGUGUCCAGAAACUCACCUUGGACGCCUGUUUGCUUUCCUCUGCAUUGCUUUUGGAAUAAUCCUGAAUGGCAUGCCCAUCUCCAUCCUCUACAACAAAUUCUCAGACUAUUACAGCAAGCUGAAGGCCUACGAGUACACAGCUCUCAAGAAAGAGAGGGGGAAAGUCGACUUCACACGGAGAGCCAUGAGGAAAAUAUCCGAAUGCUGCGGAGAGGGGGCAUCCCACCCCUUGUCACAGCAAUGAUACUUUGUGGUUUGGAUAUCGGGAGGCCACCAAGAAGCCGGAGGAGAAAGGGGAUCAAAUCAGCCAAAAAUCAGCCAAAAGAUAAACUAAAAGGGCCAAAAGUGACAAAAGUAGACAGUGAAAUCUGUUUUGAAGGGGGUUGUUUUCAAAACUAAAAAGGCUCUGAUUAAAACAACAGAUUUUUUAAACUCUGCUAGCCUGUGAGCAGCACUUAAGUGCUCAUCAACGCUCUGAAAUUAUUUCCUUCAGAUUAAAUCCUCUGAAUAAGUCCCACAUGAAGAUCUAACCCCCUGCUACUGAUUAGGUUGACAAUAAAGACCCAACAUAAUUGUACAAGCAGAAAACAAAUUGCUGUCACUAAGGGUCAGCCACCUUACUUCUGUUAAGGCAGUAUCAGAAAUUAAACAAACAGAAUACCCAAUAUACUGACUUCAUUACUUAAAUUGGUUUUGCAUGAGCUUUCAAACAGAGGAAAACUGCCUAGAGCACUUACCUAAAUAUUAGCAGCAGCU